AUGGGCUGGUUUCAUGCUGCCUACGCUGCUGGAGAGCUUGACUUUGAUGGAGGAGCAGAAGGAGGAACGUGCUUAGAGGUAAUUUAUCAUUUGUGCGAGAAGGCACAAUGGGAUCAAGCGGUCAAAGAUAAGGGUGCCUACUUUCCUCCGACCUUUCACAAAGAUGGCAAGUUUACGCGGGCCAGUACAUUCAAGGAAGGAUUAGUGGAUACCGCCAACCACUUUUACAAAGAAAGUAGUGAGGGUGACUGGAUUUGUCUGGAGAUCAACUUGAAGUUGCUGUUGGAUAUGGGGAUUGUGAUUCUUCCGCAAGCGGAGCAAGAGACUGACGGAGAGGAUGGGAAGGAAGAGAAGGAUGAUGGCACCACCCCUACUCAGUGUCUUCAGGUCUAUUCUGGAAUCACCACUAUUGUGCCUGGUGUGAUCAAGAACAUUUAUCCCAUGAAGCGAGGAGGCUGCGGGACAUUUCUGUCGCUCGAAGACCCCUCUCCGUUUCUAACUCUCCAAGAGCGAAAGAAAAAGGCAAAAGCAGCGGAGAAGCCAAAAGCAGAGCCCACCAGCAUCCCAGGCAUAGGCGACAUUCCACCUGCGAAAGGCAAAAGCAAAUCUGAGCAACCCGCAGAAGACAAGAAGAGAGAGAAGUCACCAAAACCCAAAUCGAAGUCGAAGGGCUGGUUUGGAUCCUCGAAGUCUCCCAAAAACUAG